CGAUACGAGUAUAAGGUCGCCCGCCCAAGAUUUCCCAGUCCCCGUAGCAGUUCCGGUUAGUCCUUUUCAACGUGAACUUAUCCCAAGUGGCAUCUGUUAACGUGUCCGCCGUAACUCAAGGACUGUACCACGAUGUCGGGAGGUUUAAGCGUUUUGGGACUCAAAGACGAUGAUGUGCGGCGAUUUCUCACCGCUAAAACGCACAUUGGAACAGCUCAGCUGGACUUCCAGAUGCAGCAGUAUUGCUUCAAGAGACGAAGCGACGGCGUUUAUCUGAUCGACCUGAAGAAGACCUGGGAGAAGCUCCUCCUCGCCGCGCGUGCCAUUGUGGCCAUCGAGAACCCGGCGGAAGUGUGUGCCAUCUCCUCUCGUCCCUACGGACAACGUGCCGUUCUCAAGUUUGCCAGCUUCACCGGGGCCACACCCAUUGCGGGUCGUUUCACCCCCGGUACCUUCACCAACCAGAUCCAAGCGGCAUUCCGCGAGCCGCGUCUCCUUGUGGUGUGCGACCCCCGAGAGGACCACCAGCCAGUGACGGAGGCGUCGUACGUCAACAUUCCCGUGAUUGCCUUCUGCAACACGGACGCAUGCCUGCGCUAUGUGGAUGUCGCCAUCCCUUGCAACAACAAGGCACAGCACUCCAUCGGUCUCAUGUGGUGGAUGCUGACGCGAGAGGUGCUCCGCAUGCGUGGGUCCAUCAUCCGCGAGAUUCCCUGGGACACCAUGGUGGAUCUUUUCUUCUACCGCGAUCCAGAAGAGGCUGAGAAGGAGGAGCAGACACAGGUUGUACCCGAGAGGAGCAUCAAGGAGGCUCCGGAGUUCCCACCUGACCAGUGGGGAGUUGGAGACACUGCUGCUGUGCAGCCUGAAGUUGCUGAUUGGUCGACCGCUGCAGAGAUUCCGUUCCAGUCGGCACCCGCCCCAGCUCCGGCACCAGCCCCAGCAACUGACGACUGGGCCUCCACUGGCACUGCCACCGUGGGACCGACCACCGAAUGGGGUGCAGCUACAGAUAACUCGUGGGCCUCCUAAGCAGCAAGGAAGAGCAGGCGAAUAAAACGCACUGAGCAAUCCUCUGUUGAAAACUUCC